AUGCAAAUAUUUGUAAAGACCCUCACGGGCAAGACCAUCACCCUAGAGGUCGAGCCAAGCGACUCGAUCGAAAAUGUGAAAGCUAAGAUCCAGGACAAAGAGGGAAUCCCUCCAGAUCAACAGCGUCUCAUUUUUGCCGGAAAGCAGCUUGAAGAUGGUCGAACCUUGAGUGACUACAACAUUCAGAAAGAAAGCACACUCCAUUUAGUAUUGAGGCUUCGUGGUGGUGCCAAGAAAAGGAAGAAGAAGCAGUACACUACUCCCAAGAAGAACAAGCAUAAGAAGAAGAAGGUCAAGCUCCCCGUCCUCAAGUUCUACAAAGUUGACGAACACGGAAAGGUCACCAGACUGAGGCGUGAAUGCCCUGGCGAAUCAUGCGGUGCUGGAGUUUUCAUGGCUUGUCAUCCUGACCGACAGUACUGUGGAAAAUGCGGCCUUACAUUUGUCUGUCAGAAGCAAUGA